AUGGCUUUCCUUGUCGCUGUACAGGGUCAUCUGCACACCUAUAGGGUCUGCGACGAUGUCUGGACCUUCAUUCUAACAGAUGCAGCCUUCAAGAGCGCUGAUAUUCAAGAAACACUGAGCAAGAUGGAUCUCAACGCCAUGGUGGCCGCCUGCUACGCCCUUCCAGUACUCGUCUCUGUGCUCACAGUCCGCUUCUUCUACGUGCUGUGGCACAGUGACCAACCAGCAUCAAGGCCACGCACCACCGGAUUGCGUUGUCUCAUCGUCCUUGGCUCCGGAGGGCAUACUGCAGAAAUGAUGAAUAUUGUAACAACACUUCAGAAGGAUAGGUUCACACCAAGAUACUAUGUGGCUGCACUUACUGACAACAUGAGUCUUCAAAAGGCACAGGUCUAUGAGCAAUCACUUAUUCAGAGCGAUGGAAUGAAGACUGCCGAGAACGCUCAUUUCAUGCAGAUAUAUCGUAGUCGUGAAGUAGGCCAGUCUUAUAUUACAUCCAUCGCAACAACAUUGCUAGCCACAUUGCAUGCUAUGUGGCUAGUAAUAAGAAUCAGACCACAAGUGAUAUUUUGCAAUGGUCCAGGGACAUGCUUUCCUCUAUGCAUCUCAGCUUUCCUUCUGAAGGUGCUUGGUUUGGGAUGGUCCUCCAUUUUCUACAUUGAAAGCAUUGCAAGAGUGAAGAAGCUGUCAUUGAGUGGUUUGCUGCUGUACAAGCUACGGAUAGCUGACCAGUUCUUUGUGCAGUGGCCCCAGCUGCAGCAUGAGUAUCCCCGAGCAUGCUACGCUGGUCAUUUGAUGUAA